CAACCGCGGCAAGUGCCACUGCCAGCGCCGCCGCCCCAGCGCCGCCGCCGGCGCCUCGGAGCAUUGGAUUGGCUGGGAGCCUGGGAGCGCGACCCGCCGCCGCCGGCCCGCGAGCAGCAACGACCCCUUCGCCGGCCAUGACCUCCGCUCACUCCAAGCUCUACUCCGAUGACGUCAGCCUCGUCGUGGUCGUCGUCGACACGAACCCCUUCUUCUGGGCCGCCGCCGCGCUCCCCUUCGCCGACUUCUUUGCGCACUUGAUCCACUUCGUGAACUCGAUCCUGCUGCUGAACCACCUCAAUCGUGUGGUCGUCAUCGCCGCGGGAGUCAGCUCCUGUGCCUACAUCCUGGAUUCCAGCGAUGCCAGCCCCUCUGGCGGCGUGGGCGUCUCGGACACCUUCGACAAGGCAAGCCGCAAGGCGGAGGAGUUCAUUGCACAAGACGCCCGUGCCACUGCAGCCAACAGUUCUGUUGCUUCUGCCAAUGCCGCGUCGCUGCUCUCUGGGGCGCUGUCCCUCGCUUUGUGCUAUAUACAGAGGAUUUUCCGGUCUGGGACUCGGCAUCCGCAACCUCGGAUUCUAUGCCUGCAGGGAUCUCCAGAUGGACCUGAACAAUAUGUGGCAGUGAUGAAUUCAAUAUUUUCUGCUCAACGUUCCAUGGUACCAAUUGAUUCUUGUAUUGUGGGAACCCAGGAUUCUGCUUUCUUGCAGCAGGCUUCAUACAUAACAGGAGGAGUUUAUUUGAAGCCCCAAGAACUAAAUGGUCUGUUUCAAUACCUUGCCGCUGUAUUUGCAACUGAUUUACACUCUAGAGCAUUUCUGCGCCUUCCAAAAACUCUUGGAGUGGACUUUCGUGCUUCGUGUUUCUGUCAUAAGAAGACCAUCGACAUGGGAUAUGUCUGUUCAGUUUGUUUGUCAAUAUUCUGCAAGAAUCAGAAGAAGUGUUCAACCUGUGGGUCAGAAUUCAGUCGUGUCAUGCCUGAUUUGAAUUCCAUGCCAGAUCAAAGCAAGUAGUACUCUGUGGAAAGUUAACCAUCAAGAGACAUGCUUUUCUCAGUGUCACAGGACGGACCAUGCGCCACUGUAUAUCCAAAGGGAUGUUGGUUUAACCGAAGGCAAUAAGUGGUGUAGCAUAGGCAGUGACAAUUUUGUUAAGGAAACGAUUUUAGGGCAAACACUGUUGCUUUUGGAACAUAGUUCUGGCAAGAAGAAAUUUGCAAACCUGGUGAUAGUGAUCUGUUAUGAAUUGUUGUAAAAAAGAAUGAAGACAUACUACUGAUGAAAAUACCAUGGCAUGGUUGCCCUUACUGCUUGGAUGAGAAA